CCUUUCGGCCGGAGCCGCCAUCUUCCAGUAAUUCGCCAAAAUGACAAACACAAAGGGAAAGAGGAGAGGUACCCGAUACAUGUUCUCUAGGCCUUUUAGAAAACAUGGAGUUGUUCCUUUGGCCACAUACAUGUGAAUCUACAAGAAAGGUGAUAUUGUAGACAUCAAGGGAAUGGGUACUGUUCAAAAAGGCAUGCCCCACAAGUGUUACCACGGUAAAACUGGAAGAGUCUACAAUGUUACCCAGCAUGCUGUUGGAAUUGUUGUAAACAAACAAGUUAAGGGCAAAAUUCUUGCCAAGAGGAUUAAUGUGCGUAUUGAGCACAUUAAGCACUCUAAGAGCCGAGAUAGCUUCCUGAAACAUGUGAAGGAAAAUGAUCAGAAAAAGAAGGAAGCCAAAGAGAAAGGUACCUGGGUUCAGCUGAAGCGCCAGCCUGCUCCACCCAGAGAAGCACACUUUGUGAGAACCAAUGCAAAGGAGCCCGAGCUGCUGGAACCUAUUCCCUAUGAAUUCAUGGCAUAAUAGGUGUCUCACACUUUGUGAGAAGCAGUGGAGAGGAGCCUGAGGUGCUGGGACUGGAUCCGUGCAUAGCACACUUUGUAAGAAGCAUAAGAAAAGGACCUUGAGCCUUGCUGGAACCUAUGCCCUAUGAGUUCAUGGCAUAGGAGACAAACCUAAUAAAAGCCGCUAGACUCU